AUGCACGUAAUUCGCUACAGGCAUGGUGUUAAGUUCACCGAUAAAGAACCGCUGAGCGUUUUUAUCCGUUCGACUAAUAAUUUGUCGGAUCUGAAGAAGAACAUAUUGCAGAAGGCAGGGUUGUGUGGGGCCAAGUUGGUGAAGAAGGUGUUCUACAAGAUUCCGAUUGCAGUUGCGUCAAGUGGUGUGCAGUAUGAAACAUUUGUCAUAGGGUCGGAUGAAGACAUAGAGGUCUUAUUUUAUUGUCGGUGGAGUUUUCUGGAGAUGAGAAUACACGAGUUGUUUGCCAAGUUGGAAGACCGUGUGGACAGUUCCGGGGCUUCAGCGCCAAAUCCUCAGUCGACGACGGUGGGGGGAGCUUCUACUUCGAUGCCUGUUGUUGCACCUGGUUGUCUCCUAGCUGCACCUUCACUUGUUCUAGCACCGGCAGCUAGGUCACUUGGUUUCAUUACUGGUCUUGUUGGUGGUGGUGAGCCGGAUCAGGUUGAGGACGCGAUACGGGAAGAUGAUUCGGACGAUGAGCCCGAUCAUAUAUCAGGGGAUAGUAAGGAGGAGACUCCAGUGGCCCCACCUGUACCUCAGGGGCCAUCCAGUUCUGGGUCCCACCAACAACUGCCGCAUUUUUCGACGCUGAACCUGGAAGCAGUGAGUCAACAACCGGAUGAUGCACACACCUUCGGUUACCAAGGAUUACACGAGGACAAUACUUCUAGGGAAUUUCAGAUUGGCCAAUCAUUCCAUACUAAGGAGGAAGCUGUGAUGAGUGUUAAGGAUUAUAGCAUUCGUCGUGGAGUUCAGUAUCGGGUUAUGGAAUCGGAUCAUCUGAAGUAUGUUGGGAGACACAAGGAGUUUGGAAACGGCUGCACAUGGAUGAUCUGCGUGGCACUUCGGCAGCGCAAGGGUAACUGGGAGGUUAGAAGGUACAAUGGAGCCCACACUUGCCUGGCCACUUCAAUUUCGAGCGACCACCGACAGCUUGAUUACUACGUAAUUUGUGUGAGGAUCUAUCUGUUGGUUAGGGCGGAUGCAGCGGUUACCAUAAAAGGUGUUGCAAGAAGCUACUGA